AUGCAUCCAAUCGCGCCUCGCCUGCUCUCCCGGGCUUCCUCUCGCAUAGCUUCCUCUUCUCGCACCUCUGUUAACAACUGCACAUUUGCGAGAUCCGCAACAUCUCGUUUCCAACUGCAGCAGCGACUCCCAGGACGUCGCUUCUACUCUUCUGAGCCACCCAAGAAGCCCAGUGGAGUCAAAUUCUGGCCCUUCAUCGCCGUUGUUGUCGCUGGUAGCGGAGCUUACAAGCUGCUUGUCGACCAAAGAGCUGAAAUGGCUGCCCUCCCGCCCCCUCAGUCCAACGCCCAACUGCCCUCCCCGGCAAAGUCGACCCCGACCUUCUCUCCUGACGAAGUAACUGUCCUCUUCGUUCUCGGCGGCCCAGGCGCUGGCAAGGGAACCCAGUGCGCCAAGCUCGUCUCCGACUACGGCUUCACCCACCUGUCUGCAGGCGACCUCCUCCGUGCUGAGCAGGAUCGCCCCGGCUCGCAGUUCGGUCAGCUCAUUAAGGAUUAUAUCAAGGAUGGCCUCAUUGUCCCCAUGGAGGUCACUGUUCAGCUUCUUGAGAACGCCAUGACCGAGACAAUCAAGAACCAGGGCAACAAGAGAUUCCUCAUUGAUGGCUUCCCAAGAAAGAUGGACCAGGCGAUCAAGUUCGAGGAAUCUGUUUGCCCGGCCAAGUUGGUCCUUUUCUAUGAUUGUCCUGAGGCUGUCAUGGAAGGAAGACUUUUGGAACGUGGUAAGACCAGUGGACGCGCUGAUGAUAAUGCUGAGAGCAUUCGCAAGCGCUUCAGGACGUUUGUUGAGACGAGUAUGCCGGUCGUCGAUUACUUCGAAAAGGAGGGCCGCGUUGUGAAGCUUGAUGCUACGCCACCGCCCCAGGAAGUCUACGCCAGAACGCGUCAGGAGCUCUCCAAGAGACUUGGUAUCUGA